AUGACGCUUGAUACAUUAACCCUUACAAUUAUUGGUGGUGUUAGUAUUGUUUGUCUUACUUUAUUUUAUAUAUUAAAAACUAAAACUUCACCCGGUAAUACAAAACAGAGUAAACAAACAAAUGUAAUGAUUACACUGAAAAAUCCUGACAUAAAAUAUACAUUUCCAUUGGUUCAUAAAGAAAAUGUUUCUCAUGAUACACGUCGGUUUCGUUUUCAACUUCCAUCAUCAAAACAUGUCUUGGGUUUACCUGUAGGUCAACAUAUUUAUCUAACGGCACACAUCAACGGUGAACUAGUCAAACGUCCAUAUACACCAACAACAUCUGAUGAUAAUCAAGGUUAUUUUGAACUUGUAAUUAAAGUUUAUCCUCAGGGUAAAAUGACUCAAUAUCUUGAUAAAUUUUCUAUUGGCCAAAAAAUUGAAGUUAGUGGCCCAUCAGGCAAUCUUAUUUAUCGAGAUAAUGGUUUAUUCGAUAUACGUCCACGUAAACCCGAACCAUUUGUCAGUCGACGUAUUCAUAGACUUGGUUUAAUAGCUGGUGGUACAGGUAUAACACCAAUGUAUCAAAUAUUGAAUGAAAUAUUGAAAGAACAAACAUCUAUUGUGCCUGGUGAUCGUGUUGAUAUAAAAAUGUGGCUUCUAUUUGCUAAUCAAACUGAACAAGACAUUUUAUUACGUGAAGAAUUAGAAUUAUUGGCUGCAUCGAAUUCUGAUCGUUUUAAAUUAUGGUAUAGCGUUGAUCGUGAAAGUGAAGAAUGGAAAUAUUCAAAAGGUUUUAUUAAUGAAGAUAUGUUACGUGAACAUAUGCCACCACCAGGUGAUGAUGUUUUAAUAUGCAUUUGUGGCCCACCACCAAUGAUUAAAUUUGCAUGCGUACCAAAUUUAGAUAAAUUAGGUUAUACUAAAGAUAUGCAAUUUACAUUUUAA